CCUCAGCGGAGGGAGCAAGUCUCCGCAAACUGGCUCCGGAUUCUCUGCAGGACUUCGCUGCCACUUUGGAUGGUCAGGAACACUGAACGUGUCCUCUUAGCUCUGCCUUUUAAUGCUUCAAAAAUAAACAGAGGAUAAACUCGGGAGGAAAGUUUUAGCUGGAGAGAGUUGUUGCAGUUCCUGUAUCUGUCUCCAGGGCUGUGAUAUGUGUUGACUGAAGAGCUAACUACAAUGACCCUGGAAACAGAAGGGGAAUUCUUAUAAAUCACAAAGGAAAAUAAAUAACUUCACCCAUGGAGGGAAAAAGACAGCUUGAGAAAAGGGACUUUGGAAAAAGGCUGUCUCUAGACAGCAGUCUUGUGGAGUACAUGGAUUCCAAUAAAUACAUUGAGCAUCUGCUAACUCAACUCGAGGAGCAACACAGAAGCCUCUGGAGGAAAAAACUUUCCCAACUCCGGCUCCAGGCGGAGAUUUGUCAGAACCGCUCGCAGUCAGCUAUGCAUGAGAAGCUGAUACAUGAAUUGGAAGAGGAGAGACACUUGCGUCUUCAGAGUGAGAAGCGGUUGCAGGAGGUGACGCUGGAGUCCGAACGCAACAGAAUUCAGAUGCGUGGCCUGCAGCAGCAAUUCUCCAGGAUGGAAGAAACAGUACGAAAUCUAUUGCAGAGUCAAGGACCUCCAGAGCAGAAAAAAGAAGAAACUGUUAAUAUAAUGGUCUAUCAGGAAAAACUGUCAGAGGAUGAGAGGAAACACAAAGAGGCUUUGGAUGAUCUUCACAUGGUGGUAGAUGAAGAUUCGCGGAGCGAAAGCAGCAGUGCAGACGAGGGGAAAGAAAAGACCAAAUUUCUGUUAGAAAGAUUGAAAGCUCUCGAGGCAGAGAAUUCAGCAUUGGCUUUGGAAAAUGAAAAUCAAAGGGAACAGUAUGAGAGAUGUCUUGAUGAGGUAGCCAACCAAGUUGUUCAAGCUCUGCUCACUCAAAAGGAUCUAAGGGAGGAAUGCGUCAAGUUGAAAACAAGAGUGUUUGAUUUGGAACAACAGAAUAGAACGUUAAGUAUCCUGUUCCAACAGCGAGUGAGAUCAACUUCUGAUCUUCUCCUCCAGAAACUUCACUCACGCAUCUUAGAUCUUUCAUCUGGAGAUUUGCUUUCGGAGGUGGAAAGAAGCCGAAGUCUGACGCACUCACAAACUGAUGUUGAGAUGCACGAAUGUCAGCUGAAUGCGAAAUCAGGAACCCUGGCUUUGAAAUGCCCUGGCUUGGGGGUUGUCAUCCCUGGUCAUCUCUGCCCUCGUAAUAGCUGCAGCAGCAGUGAACUCUCUCUUUCAAGCACCUGCAGUGAGUACUCCAGCGGCUCCUCCUACACGUGGCAUGAUGGGAAGAACCUCAGGAAAAGGCUAUCAUCACAAAACUGGGAUAAAAGGCUAAGUAUUGAUUCUUCGCUCCCAAGUGGCUUCACUAGUCCUACAGAUGAACUACCUCCAACUCGUAUCAAGGAAAGCCACAUUUUGGAAGGACUAAGAAAGCUACAGAAGCGAAAAGUAUUACUUGAACCCCCAUCAUUGAUAACCAAAUGGGGUUAUAAAGAUUGCAUGAACUCAAAUGAAGGAAUAUAUUCUCCAGGAAUUAAGAGUAGCAGCCUCAAGGAGUAUCCCCCCUGCAAACCAACUGACAUGGGGAGCCCCUGCAAGGAGCCCCACAAGGCAUUUGUUUAUGACACAGAUUCCCACGAUGAUGCCGACGAGGACUCUUCCUCCUUAGCAUUGAUUCAAGCCGUUCCAAACCAGGCGUGCCGGCUGCAUGCUUGUAAAUUAACCCACAGCAUUUCUGACAGUCUAUUUGGCUGGGAGCUGAAUGGAAAACACUUUGCAGAAGGCACAUCCUCAGUUUACCCCAGGGAAAGACCUGAUAAGCUGAACAGUUGUGCCAGCAACUGUCCCUUGGAGAAGAAGCUGUGUCCAGGUGUGCAAGCACCCCAGUUACUAAGAGAGAGGGGUCCACACAGCCUGGGCCACGUGGGUCUCAAUCUCCAGCUUUCAGACACGGAUGACACUGAAACCCUCGAUGAGUUGCAUAUAGAUAGCAGUGAUGAGAAAAGCCCUUCGGACUUGUCACUGACUGCUGACACUGACAAGUCCAUGGAGAACCUGGACAUCCUUAUGGGACUUGGAAAAUCUCAACCCGAGUCUCCUGAUGAGGAGGAAAAACAAGUGCCCAUCCACUUAGAGAGUAGGCCAAAGACAUUUAGUUUCAUUAAGCAGCAAAGGGUUGUCAAAAGGACUUCUUCAGAAGAAUGUAUUACUGUAAUAUUUGACGCAGAAGAUGGCGAGCCCAUUGAAUUCAGCUCUCACCAGACAGGUGUUGUCACUGUUACCAGAAAUGAAAUUUCCAUCAACCAGGCCCCAACUGGGCCCAAGGCAGAACACGUUGAACAUUUACCUCAGGGAAUUGCUCACUUACAGCCAGGAGCUGCUGCAAGAGACUACACUUUCUUAAAGAGACCUGAAGAGGAGACUGAGAAAAACAUUCCAAAAGAUGGUGUUGAUAAUGUCGCCACGGCACCCACUGAAUUUUUCAACCCCAGGACAGUAACGCAAAAUACUCAGCGACAAAAACUGGCCAAGCCGACACUUAAUAUGUCAUGCCAGAGUAAUUCUAGGUCUUCCGUAUCCAUGGGUGUCUAUCAGAAACAAAGUCUGACGAAAAUCCCUGCCAGGGGCAAGUCUUCACCUCAGAAAUCAAAAAUAAUGGAUCCAGAAGCCUCCACAAGAAUCCCCUCAUCUGGUCCAGUGACUCUUGAGAAAUUGCCAGCCUUAGCUCCUGGGAAACUCUCACGGUUCAAGAAGACUGAAGGCUCAGCUCACCUCUUUGAUGUACAGCAAGAUUCACACAUUCCAAAACACCCCACCCAACUUUCUCACAGCUCCAAAAUGUCCAGCAGAAAGGAUUGGGUCCAGCGCUCCAAGAGUCAGACUCCAGCAUCACAGUUGCUGUCAAGGCCCCCCACUGAGCCUAGUGAUGAUGGGGAACCCCUCAUGAAGGAUAAACACUGUGACUCUGGGGGAGAGGCAGAGGUGAAAUCACCUUCGCCCCCACCUCCUCCAGGCAGGUCAGUCUCCCUGCUCAUCAGGCCCAGUUACGACUAUCUGCCACCACCUUCAUCUGCCAAGCCUGAAACCAGAGUCCCCAGUGAAACAGCAAGGGCUGUGUUCAAAUCCCCUCCUCUGAAAGGAUCCUCUGCUCCUAUUAUUUCUUCUAAUCAGACCAUGACAGAAGUGCAGAGGAAGAAACCUUCUGUGGCCUUCAAAAAGCCCAUCUUCACUCACCCUCUGCCCUCCGCCGAAACAGUGAUUCAAACCAGAUGCUCUCCUCAUACCCCCUCCAGCUCAUUUGUUGUGAUGGUCCCAGGGCCCCCAAAAGUCUCUCCAAAGAAAGGUGUCCCCAAAACCCCACCUCACCAAACGCUUGGGACCCCUCAAACAGACGCAGGGUUACGGACUCCCAAGCAUUGUCCUUUGACCCAUGAGUCACUGGAAAUAUCAUCCUCCAAAAGUGUAUCUCCAGGAAGAAAAGGACAAUUGAGUGAUGGUGUCUCCACAUCACCCAAGCCUUCCUGCUUAGGGGUAAAUGACUCAUCGUCUUCUCAGGUUAACAGUCCCUCAUCAUCUCCAUCCUCCAAAAGCCAUAAUGCCCCACAUGGUUCUCAAAACGCCCAUGAGAAAGGCUUGAAAACUCGCCUCCCUGUUGGGCUCAAAGUUCUCAUGAAAUCUCCCCAAUUGCUCAGGAAAAGUUCCACAGUGCCAGGGAAACAUGAAAAAGACAGUCUCAAUGAAGCCUCUAAAAGUUGUGUGGCCACGAGCAGGUCUAAGGCAGAACACGCCGGAAAUCCAACAAGCCUUGAGACACCAGCAGGUGAAAGACAUGUGACUCCGCUGGGUUUACAAGCACAAGACAGUUUGGCUGAAGGGCUUCCCUUUCCAAUGCCAGAGUCAUUGGAAAAUCACAUUCCUGGGAUGGAUGGAAAAGAUGGAGUAGAAAACAGGUCUGUGAAAAGAUCCCUUUCCUCCAAUAAGCCACACCUAAAACCAGCUCUAGGCAUGAAUGGAGCCAAAGCCCGAAGCCAGAGUUUCAGCACUCACCCAGGAGACAAGCCCCCCACACCCCCCAUGGAAGGACCAGGCAAAGUCCGAACUCAGAUUAUAACCAACACUGCUGAGAGGGGCAAUUCCCUCACCCGGCAGAGCUCCUCCACGGACGGCUCUCCCAACAAGACCCCUUCUGCCUCCAUGUCUGACAGUCUCCCCAGUGCUGGGAGGCCCCUGGGGCAUGCGUCCUCCAGGCAAGACUCCCUAGGGAGCACAGGCAGCUCCAGCAGCCAUCAUGGAAGCCCAAGCAAGUUGCCUUUGAGGAUCCCUCCAAAAUCUGAAGGGCUCCUCACCCCACCUGGACCAGAAGACCAGCAGGCCUAUGCCCAGGGAGGAUGCCCCAGUGUAGCUGCACCUGAGGAAGUUGGCAGCGACCACUGCAGGUGCCCACCCACCCCAGCAGACUGCCCACGAGCCCUGCAGAGCCCAGGGAGGACACAGCGUCCAAGCAGCUUUGAAACAGGCAGGACCCCCAAGCUGGAAACUUCUGGAAGGUAUCCAGAAACUUCUACAACCAGGACUAAUGCUGUGAGCCCAGAAGCUCCCCUUUCACCCACAAUCGAAGAAAAGGUCAUGUUGUGCAUUCAGGAAAACGUGGAAAAGGGCCAAGCACAAACAAAGUCCACAUCUGUGGAAGCCAAGCCGAGGCCCGGACCUUCCUUUGCCAGCUGGUUUGGUUUUCGGAGGAGUAGACUUCCCGCUCUCAGUAGUAGGAAAACGGAGGUCUCCAAAACCAAAGUGGAAAAGAAAGACGCAAAAGGCUUGGGAUUUGGAAGCAAGCAGCUAAAAUCAGAGAGAAAAAAAGAGAAAAAGAAGCCUGAGAUACCGUGUGAGAUAGAAAACGAGCUGACCAGGGACACGGAGCGGGUAGAGCCUCCAGAUCGUGGCUUACAAAGCAAAAAUAACGUGAAAACACCACAAGACAUUUAUGACCAAAUGAAGUUUGAACCAAGAAAUAGACCCAGCCCCAUCACAUGCGCAACAAAGGAUACAUUUAUGACAGAGCUUUUGAACAGAGUUGAUAAGAGAGCAGCUCAACAGACAGAAAGUGGAUCAAAUAAUGUUUCCUGCAGGAGUGUGUUAAAGGGCAGCUCCCCGGGCUCCUGUCUCACUGGCAGCUCCAUCAGCACUCAAGGAAACCACAAGAAAAACAUCAAAACCAAAGCUGAUGUGGAAAUACCAAAAGGCUUCCUGAUAAAAGAGGCAAAUGAAAACCUGCAAGAGGAUGAAGAAGAUACAAUUGCAGAGUCUGCAUUUCAGAGCCACAUUAUAGAAUCAAACUGCCAGAUGAGGACACUGGACAGUGGGAUUGGAACCUUCCCACUCCCAGACUCAGGAACUCGCUCAACAGGACGGUACAUAUGCCACCCAGACUCCCCAGAGGACACUGAACCCAUCCUGUCUCUCCAGCCAGCCAUUUGUGCAGCUCCUUCCACGAGAGCCCAGACCCUUGAACGAGAAGUGCCUUCCUCUGCUGACAGCCAAGGCUCUGCAGACGCCAUUGUCCAUUCCACAUCUGACCCCAUCAUGACUGCCAGGGGGGUGCGACCUCUUCAAAGUCGCCUCCCCAAACCAGCCUCCUCAGGAAAAAUCAAUUUCCAAAAGCAGGAUGAAGCAGAGCCGAGGCCUCAGAUUUGCUCAUCAUUUGAAUAUGCUGAAAACACAACAGCGGGGGAGCUGCUUCCAGGCUGGAGGGAUGAAGACCCCGCUGGGGAGACCCAGAAAUUGAAACAAGUUGAAGAAACAAAAGAAGAUCCUGAGAAUAGAUUAUCUAAAAUUUCCCUGGAGUCAUUCAAUAAAUAUAACAGCAAUACUGUUAUUUUAUUAGAAAAAGAGAAGAACUCUCUCAACAAGGUUGAAGGACGAAAGGAAGAAAAAGAGAAAAAUCAAGAGACAUCUUUGAGUAGUUCAGACAGGCUGGGGGUAGACAAUUUGGAAUCUUUGAGUGAUUCUUUAUAUGAUAGCUUCUCUUCCUGUGCGAGUCAGGUUUCAAAUGAUGCAUAAAGGAAUUUUUCUUUCCCAUAGUGAGAUGGAAAUGGAGCACUUAAGAAACAGGGGUGGGGAGGCGGCAGGUAAAGAUGACAACAAUAAACUAUUCCAACACCAGAGCCUAUGUUGUCAGAUUCACAGCAAGCAACCCACUGGAGCUUUCUUCUCAGACAGGGCAAUAAAAAUAGACUUCAUUUGUUGUCUUUCAUGAGGAUUAAAAGUAAACAUACCCACGAUACAGAAGUCUUAAUUUUGCACUUUUUUUUAAUACUUGUACAGAAGUUGUAAAUUUUUUUGGAAAAGAAAUUAUAUUUGUAGCAACAAAAAAAAGCAAUAAAUUGAAUCAGUGCCAUGCUCUUGAAAUGAUGUACUAAGUCUUUUAGAAGUUGAUAAUAUAUUUUUUAAAAAUUCCAACUAAAGUUUUGUUCAGUGCAUUGUCCUCAUCCUCAAAUUUUUGUGGGUACACUCCGUAAACCUAAAGUAGGGCCUGCCAAAAAACCAAGGGCUCAUUGUCAUCUCAUAAUCUCAAUUUGAUAUAAACUUGAAUUCUAGUGCAACUUCAAAAUAGUUGCCAGAAAGAUUCAGGCUCUAGUAAUAAGUGUAAGUCUGCUUCUAAUGAAAAAUGUAAAGGGUACUGAAGUGUGACACUGAUCAGAAGACAUGUGUAUUAGAAGUGACCUAAUUCUAUUUUCAAUAACAGGUUUUCCCUCCAAACAUUUCUUUACAUCCUCUUCUACUUAGUGCUUUACUAUGAUUAUCAACAUUAUUUGUAAAUUUUUCUCUUCCUGCUCUUUUUAUUAAAAUCUGGGCAAUCUAGAAUGAAAGCAAAUUUCUAUUUGCAAAGUUCAUUUAAAAAAAAAAUUAAAAUGGUUGGUGCUACAAAAAAAUUCUUACUUUUUAAUAUCAUUUUUUUCUACAAAGUCUGUUUAUAUGUAAGGAUAAAUUCUAUUUUAAAGGUUAUGUGUAUUUUUUCUAGAUGUGAACUAUUUAUAAUUGCUUUUGUACAGGAGCUUGUAAAUUAGGUAUCAUAGAAAUAUUUUUAGGAUCUGUAUGGUUACUUUAGUACACACUUGUUUCUUUAAAUAGAGUAUUGUAUAAUCAGUGUUAUUUGGUAAAUUUGUGCAAUUUGUUAUGUUUGAAUUUUGUUGUUUUAAAUGAAAAUUAUGUUGUGUCAUUGUCUUUCAGACUUUUAAAACUUCUCUUGUUUCAUUUCUGAAUAAAAGUCCUAUCACAAUCACAC